GUAGAAACAGGAAGUGAUUUUUUUGUCAGAGGCGUCGAUUAUUUUUUUUAUGAUUACAACAGAGUGUACAGACAUUUGUCAUGACAUUUCUAAAAUGAUUUAAAAAAAAGUCGGACUGAAUCUUGAAUUAAAUGGCACCUAUGGUAAGUUUGAAUUUGAAAUUUAAUUUUUAAACCAGCUUUUCCGACUGAUAGUUUUUAGGGCGUUCAGCUGUCAGAUAAUUAGUUAACAUAAGUUUUAAACAGCCCAAUCUGUUUAAAAAGGGCGAUUUAGUCUAUAAAAACAGCCAUAAAAGAAGAAAUGAUAUACUUUUCUAUAUGUAAGAGACAACAAGACUAUCCUCUGACACUGGAUUUACAUUAUUAAUCAUAUCAGUCAAUCGAUAUUUUCUCAUGGCUAAAGCAUUUUGUCUACAGUGGUAUCUGCUGAUAAAAGACACCUCUGAGAUUUAUCUUCCUGAGACAGUAUUUAAGGAGGUUUAAAGACACUUAUAUAUCUAUUUGUUUUGUCCUGUCUUUAAAGAAGCAUCGAAUUAACAACCAUUAUACUUUACUGAACAUUCAGUCUUAAAGCAAGGGACGAAGUGCAGUUGUAGAAAAGUAGGCUUCAUGAUCAAGUAAGAAAAAGUGAGCCUUAAAACGAACGUAGGUAUUUUUAGUGCUCUUUGUUAAUCUCCAGUGUAUUACAAUUUUUCCUUAAAACUGCUGUAUGUUGUAAAGUUAACCAUUUUAGUGAUUAUUAUUAUUAUUACUAUUAAUUUUAUUAUUGUUGUUGUUGUUGUUACCCCCCCCACACACACACACACACACACACACUCACACACACACACACACACACACACACACACACACACACACACACACACACACACACACACAAACACACAAAAUACCACAAGAAAAAAUCCAAACAGAAAACCUGCCAAACUGAGGAUAUACGUUUGCUCAUUUGUCCAUGAUUUGAUGAAGCAAGUGAAGUGAACUGCAAGUCAAUCACAGUGCAGUAAAAUAAACCGAAACUGACUGUCUGGGUAAAGGUACAAUUCUGAACAUCCCUCUGAGCAGUGCAAUGCUGUGCUACCAUCUCAGCCUCAGCUAUUCUGUCCUGCAGGUGCACCAAUGAAUGACCUACCCUGUCAUGUUUAAGCCACUAUAAUUCUACCUUUGCUUCACUGUCAGCACUAGAUUAUCCCUUUUCUGAACAAUACCAUACCUUUUACAAUUCUUAGGUGACAAAUUGUGUCUGCAUGGAGCCAAUACAUGCUGCUUGAUCUCUGAACUUCAAACUACAGUUUUUAGACUUUAUCUCUGCAAAUGUAGGCAAUGAGAAGACCGCGCACCAGAGGAAAGAGAAUAUAGUGUUGCUGUGGUAAACAGUCUUGGUAGAGACAACCGCUGGCUACACACUUUCUGCAUUAUUGGCUUAGAUAUGUUUGAUACAGCUCUGUAGCAGUAUCCUAGUGAUAGAUGUACCACUGGGUACACCCGUUUUUUAACAGGUAAACGAAAACAUGAUCACAUGAUCACAUCACCCCAACUCUGGCAUCCAUUCAUUUUAGAAUUCAUGUAAAAAUGUUACUGUUUGUGUUUAAAUCUUUAUACAGAUCAGCACCACAGUACAUCUCUGACCUCUUAAAUGUCUUUUAUGCUUCUGUGUUUUUAUUUCAUUUUUAAAUGUUUUUUUUUUUUAACCUGCUUUUAUUUAAUUACUCGUGAUGUUUUCUGUAGUGUUUGCUCUUUUACAUUUUAUUGUGCAGCACUUUGGCAAACUUCAAUGUUUUUUAAAAUGUGCUAUAUAAAUAAAACGGAUUGGAUUGGAGAUGUAUUAUAAUGGUUUGAGCUCUGGAAAUUGUUAGAGCAUCAGGUUAUGACAUUUAUACGACACUAUUUGGACCAGGCCAUCCCCAAUUUUGUAAAUAACCUCACAACUGUCCAUAUUUCCAUACUUUUUUAAAAGUGACCAUAUAUGACAUAUUUACAAUAGUUUUUUGAACAUGAGAAAUCAGAUGUUGCAACACCCCAAACAGUGAAUACGAGCAGAGAUGACUGAAUCUAGGGGGUAGGGGAUUAUAUUUCACAGCUUGAGCUCAACAGGCUUACUGAAACAGCGCUAUCUUGCCAUAAUGUUGAGAAUGUGAUCUGUGUUUUAGUAAAUGUGAUCAGUAUUUUAUGACAGGUGAGUCUGUUUAUGCAUAAAAUGUAGGUGUAUCUAAAGUCAAUGCAGACGUUUCAGAUGCCACUCAAAACACUUGUAAUUGACCUGUACAACAAACAUCUGUAUGUAUGCGGCUGUGGAGAACUGAGAUUCUUAGUGGGUUUAUGUCAUAGUUAUAACAGUGGGGUGCAGGAGUCUCGAGAGGAAACGCCCCUAUUAGGUGCAACCAAUUCACGUGUUCAAGGGUUAAGAAAAUUCCUGGUUCCUCUCUGUGACAGUCUCUUAAGUGGAAAAGUGAAAAAUGCUCCAUGGGGCGUUCACGUCCACAGUCUGUAGACUCAGUGAGUCGUGUCCUGGGUUGACCCGACAGACAGACAGGAAACGCUGUAACACAUCUGCUGUUCGGGGUCCUCUCUGUACCGGAGCAUCCCUCUCCGGACUCCUUCCUUCGCGGACAGUGAGAGCAGUUCGGGGACAACACUUUGCUAAAUAUACACGCGUGUCUCAGACCUGUGGUGUCCUGUCAUGCCUGCUGUGAUCUCGGUGCCCAGCGCCUGCGCUAGUCCACUGCAGCUGACGUCACACCCAGCAUGGCGGUCAAGGUGACUCCGUCAAUAUUUCUUAGCAGAUAUUAAUUUUUAAAGGCAGCAAAGCGGUCCCGAGUUUACCGCUGCCGGACUCGGAGGACAGCAUGUCUGUGCGGACGCGUGGGUUUAAAGCUCUUGUCUUAAACGCAGCGCAGGGACCCCCUCUCGUUUAUUUCUGCAUCUGUUCUUAGGCGCAUCUCUGCCGGCCUCACAGAGACAACUGUAAUUUCUUUCCUCUGUUGCAUGUGUCAUUUAAGGGACAUUUGGCUUGAAGUCGCUUAUAUUUGAUAGAAAGUGCGGUUAUUUUCCUAUGCAUGGUGCCUUUUACUGUCUGAGAGUGAUCUGAGUCCGUGUAAAUCAAAGCUAAACAGAGACUGACAACUUCAGGCUUAGUGAUUCACUGCCUUAAAAAGUCUGUUUUUUUCAUUGUUGGCACCUUCAUGAUAAAUAGACUGAACUUUUUUUUCUUUUUCUUUUUUCUUUUUUUUUUUGCAAACUGCAAAUUGUGUGUUUUAGGUGCAAGCAACGAGGAGAGCGGACCCCCAUGACUUGAAGGCAAUUUUUCUGAAGGUAAGACUGUCACCCACAAACAUUUGGAGUCAACACACAGUUUGAUUCAGAAAAUGAAGAGCAACAAGUGUAUUAGCAUGCUGCAGUUUGGAGGAAGUGUCUGUGUGGUUUACUUUAAGAUGCAUAGUUGAAUAAAGGUCACAGAAAUGCUUUGACUAAUUUUGGAUCUGCUUCCUUCGCUAUGUCUCAAAAUGUAUUGCAUGGGUUUUCGCUCUUUAACAUGACAUUGAAAAUGAUCAUUAGCUUUGCCCGCUGUACCCUUCAACCUGAGAAACUCCUGCCGCCAGUGUGCAGGUUUAUUUACCACCACAAUACUUGUUUGGAGUGUAAACUUGUUUCCCAAAAGAAGUCUGUUGAGUUUCAACUCGCCUUAUAGUCCCUCCACCGCUCUUGACUCUUGCCAUAAGAGGGCUGAGUAAUUUGUAAUGCAUACUCAGGUGGAAGAGUUAAUUACUGGAAGCUCAUUCUGACUGCCUGUAUAAUUUGAUUAAGAACUACUUGAUGCCUACUGUGAGCGUGAAUGGAUACACAAUCACAUGCUGGAGUAAUGUGGCAAUAAAUUGCUUGGAAUUAAUAUUUUCCCUUAAAACAUUAAUUCAGCAGAGUGCGGUGAAUUGUAGCCCUGAAAACAUUCGGCGUGAAAGUCUCCUCCCACACUCAUGCUCUGUUUAUCUCAUGCCUGCUGUACCCCAGCUUGGCUCAGAGCCAUGAGUGUGGCCUUUCUGUUACCAGUUCAUGCAGUGCUUGUGUUUCCUGAGCUAUCUCUGUUCCAACUGGAAACCCAAUCCUGCCUCUAAAAAUGACCUUACAUCUUAAAACCAGACAGGGGUCUCAGGUUUAGCAGAGGGCUGCUUUAGAGAUGCAUAUUUUGCUUCAGUUAUGUCACACACGGUCUCAACGUAACACUUACAAGUAUGAUAGUUAUUGAUUAAGUCAGUGGUUCCCGCCAGAGUACAUUUUUCCAUGGAGUUGAUAAGAUGUCACUUUAAAUAGUUAUUGUACAAAACUGUGCCUGAAAUGUCUAACUGAAGGAAGCGCCCUUCUUCACAGUCCCAAACCCAAAAAUGGUCCAGUCUAACAACUCAAUGGCCAGCAGACUGUAAUGGGCAGCUUCAAGGUUAUGAAUGUGUGUUAUUGUGUGACUGUGAACACCGUGUACCUGAACCCAAGAGCUUGGCUUUGAAAACUACUUCCCAAAAUAAAUAAAUAAAUACUCUAACACUGUUCCUCUGUCAACAGCACUAACUAAGACACUAGACAGGAAUCACGGACAAAGUUACUAUAAGAAGGACUUGUUCCUUUAAAAGCUGUAAAUGUCAUUAUGUCUGAUGUUUUCUUUUUGAAGUUCAGUCAUGUAUUUAGUUGCAUUUUAUAAAGUCAAAAGGAGAACAGUAUGCAAAGCCACUGCAGCUUUUUGAUAUAUGUAGUCAUGCAAAGUUCAUGCAAAGCAUUGUAUGCACUGUGUUGUAAAUUGAAAGCAGUAUGUGUAAGUAUAGAAACCUGCGCAUUAUCACCUACAGUCACAAAGAAAAGAGAUGCAGAUUGACUGAGAAAAAAAACAUUCUUGAUUCACCACCUACUGGUUGUUUUUUCCCCUCAUUGCAUUCAGUCACUCUUUACUGACAAUAGAAACUCGAUCCUGUCCUAAUCUGAAUCUGCACAUGUUGAGCUGUACAAUAGUGAAUGUUCAUACUGGUCACAGCUCUGCCUGUGUGUCCUCUGUAGUAUGCCAGCGUGGUGGAGGAUGGGGAGCAUUACAUGACCCCCCGGGACUUUGUCCAGAGUUACCUGGGUCUGCAUACACAACCGCAGCAUAAUCCUAAAACAGUGGAGCUGAUAGCUGGGGUGGCUGAUACCACUAAAGAUGGGUGAGUAACUACAAUACAUGAUGCAAGGUUACUGAUAGGUUUUCCUAUUUAUGUCUUUAUAUCCUUAACAGUUUUUGUUUGUUCUGGUGGUCAUCAUUGUUUAACAGAGACUUUAAAGCUCCUGUGAGGAACAUUGAGUGUGGGUCAAUUUUGCCUCCCAUGUUUUCAAAUCUUGUCUUUCCAAAUAUAAGUACAAUAUCUAUUACAAAAAAGCCUCAUCUUGCUGUCUUUAAUCAGUUAAGAAUACCACUCAGUGUAAAUCUUUGCUCUGUGUGUAUAAAAAAGGCUGUUUUUGCAAGGUAUCUGACACCUACUACACAGCAGUGUUCAAAGACACUAAAAUAACUAUAAAGACAUAAUCAAUCUCCUUGAUGAUGUUUUUUUUACCUUUAAGGGCUAUAAAGAAGUAUCAGUUUUAAAUUUCAGCCUGUUUUUUAAUUCAAUAAUAAAUUCUCACAAUGGCUUUAAAAUCCAGUUUUAUGAUUUCUCUUUCCAGUUCUUGUUACCUGUUAUACUCAGUAGUUUGCACUGCUUCACUGAAUAUGGAGCAGAGCAAACUCGAGCAGAUGCCAAAUAGACCAUUAAUGAUUAAUCUCAGUGGUGUUUGCAGAGUGUCAUUAUAAGUCAAUUUUACACUCUCAGCGGAUCAAUUUAAGUCCACUGAUAAGAUAAGCUGAAUAAUCACCGAACUACCUGGUUGUGGUUGCGGUAAAAAGAGUGCACAGCAGAAAGAGGCCCACUAUGUCUCAUUGACGGCUAAAAUAGAGCUCAAAAAUCCUUUCAAAGCCACAUGAGGUGCUUCUUCUCUAGCUGGCCUGAAUAGAUAUUCCUUGUAUCGAUUCUAAUCUCUUAUUACUAAUGAUAGCAGAUGGUAGUUAUGUAUUACUUAGUGCAAUAAUAAACUGUUGAGCUCAGCUUUAUGACAUCAAGGCCAAGAUGUUUUUAAUAAGUCAGGAAAAAUGAAAAUUUCUGCGACAAAUCAGUGCUAAUGGAGAUCAUGUUGUAAAACUAGAAACUCCAAAACAGCCACUAAAUAGACCUUGUUGGCAAAAAUAUGUCUGAAUUCUAGUUCCAAGGCCACAAUUUAACAUCAAAACCUUUUCUAAAAAUAGGUUUAGUUCUAUAUCACUGCAUGAACUUGCUGUCUAACAGGCAUGAGUUUUGUCAAAGAUACUGAUACAUAUAUGUUUUUUUUUGUAAGCAGCACUCUCUUUUUCUUGUCCAAACAGACUGAUCUCUUACCAAGAGUUUCUGGCCUUCGAGUCGGUUCUGUGUGCCCCUGACGCUCUGUUCAUAGUGGCCUUUCAGUUGUUUGACAAGACUGGCACAGGAAACAUCUCAUUUGGUAUGUACACGGGGCAAACUGACAUCAUACUUAAGUGAGCGGAUCUUAUAUUUACUGCAGGUAACAAUCCAUAAAACAAUGUACCUACAGUAGUUUAAACAUGGUAUUAACUAAACGUUUAUUUAAUUCAUGAAAAUAGUUGAAGGUAUUCAGGGAGCGUUAUUCUUGUAGUUGUAAUGUUGUAGUAAAUAGGGAUAGUGGUAGCAAUAAUAGUGAUAGCAGUCGUAGUAGAAGUUAAUUUGGGUCAGCAUUAGCAGUAUCUUCCUGCUAGAAAACAUAUGUUUAAACAAUACAAACUGUUGAUGAUGGAGAGAUUAGGGGGUUGAAGGUGCAUAUAGCUGUACAAUUGAUGAGCCGUCUUACCAAAAAAUUAGCACUCAAUUAAUGCAGAGGUUUCCUUUCACAUUUUUAUGUAUUUAAUAUGUUAGCAGGUCCUCUCUCAAGUCUCAUCUUAGGACAGGAAGUGAGCUUUCUGAAACAUCACAUUAUAACCAAGAGAUGCAGAGUCUUACAAAGAAUCUACUUCUUUGCUGUCUGUGCAAUGGGCCUCCAUAAAGGGGACUAAAAUUGAGAGCGGUGCUUAUACAGAGUAUUUCCUGACAGACUCAAACCCUCAAAAUGUGAGAGAGCAAGACUGUCAGACAGCCUAUUCAGCUCCCACAUCCAAAUGGACUCCUUCCCCUACUUUAACAAGUUUCUCUACAAGUAGAGUGAGGAUGUGAGAUGAACAUUUCAUGUUUUUUUUGGUGGUUUCUCUUUUUAUUGCUCACUCGUGCCUCACUCUUCCAGAGAAUGUGCGUGACAUCUUCAGCCAGACCACAGUUCAUCAUCACAUUCCCUUCAACUGGGACUGUGAGUUCAUCAGGCUACACUUCGGCCAUGAAAGAAACAAGAACCUCAGCUACACAGAGUUCACCCAGUUCUUGCAGGUAUACAUUUAUGUAAAUACAGACUGUAAACAAGGGGAACAGUUUGUUUCAAUCUGUCAAAGGUAAAAGAAAAAAAUCUACUGAGCAGCACCUUUAAAGUCACCAGCUAACUUUUUACUUAAUUAUUAAGUUGAUAAGUCAUUUGUAGUUUAAUAAAAUGUAGCUUUUGCAAAACAUUUACUGUUGUAAAUUGAACAUUUGCUGUGGUGUGAAGUGCCAUGUAAUUGAUGACCCUGCCUAAGGUUUGUGGGUUAAAGGGAAAACAUCUCAAAAUUGUUUUAGGUAGAGAAAAAUAAUAAUUUACAGAAAUCAAUCUGCAUAUUUCUUACUCGAAAAGUUGUAUAUUGCAACACCAGCUUUAUCUGAUUUGUUGAAAACGUAUAUAAAACAAGUAAAAAAUCUGCAGUAUUUGUCAUUUUUAGGUCCUCAAAAUCCUCCUGUGAAUACUUUUAUAUGCUCUGUUAGCUAAAUUGCUUCUGCCUCUAGCUUUACAUUAAUUUCUAUACCCAGAUAUUCAUUAGUUAGAAGAGUAGCAACAAGAGUCAUGUUUAGUGUAUGUAAAAGUGCUGGACUUAUGCUUUAAUGCAGUGUCUCUUUAAAACAGAAUAUAACGACCUAAUAUGCUGCAGCACUUCACCUGACAUAGUGGCUGAAUCACAACAGCUGUCCUUAACCUUCAAAAGCUUGUGUUUCACAUUUAGCAUUGUGACGCUACAGCUGUAUGCUUUUUUAAUGCCUUUUAUAGUGGGUCCUCUCCUUCAAAUCCUACUGUCUAUGCACACUUUUACAUUUCUUGGUGACAUAUAUGUGAUCCCCGUUUAGGACUGACUUUAUCUGAGACUAAGGGAGUCAAAGCAGACAAUGGUGACUUAACAAAUCUUAGUAUGGGUGCCUUUUUUCAUUGUCUGGAAAUCUGUGCUAUUUUUGUUUUUUGAUUGUUUUUUUUUAGCUUGUGCCAUCAGUGACAGGGCAGCAUUAGAGAAGCAGGAAAUGUGGGGAGAGAGAGAGAGGGGGAAUGGCAUGUACCACACCAGGGGAAUGGAAAUCUACCCAGCGAUCGGCGUGACAAGGACUGUAGCCUCCACACAGCAAGCGCAGGCUUUAACCUCUUGGCCAGUGUUGCCCUGGACUUUGCUAAAUCUGACUUCAAAAGCUGCAUGGCCUUCUUUUGAAAUGUCUCUGGAUGAUAGGAUACAGUGUAAAUAUAUUGCUCAGUCACUCUAAAGAAAAAAGAGAUUAACAUUUCUUAGUGCAAAUGCAGCAGGACAAACAUGAAUACAUACAGACAUACGUACAUACAUACAUACAGUAAAUACAGUACAUACAUACAGACAGACAGACAGACUCCUGCAUGCUUUUUGAAAAAUUCUUAAUGAUCACCUUCCUCCUGCAGUGAAGCCUUUUUCUCCCACGACUGGAAAUGAUGUGAGGUGAACAACAUGCCUAUAUAAUCUCUUAAGAUAAUGGAGCUGUGGUGAGGAGUUGCAUCUUUAGUGUUUAUGUCAUGUGGUUUGCGUGGUAGCCCAGAGUGCCAUUAAGUCACUUAGAGUUGUUGUUGUGCUUUACUGCUGCUUGCAUGAAUCGCACUUAGACCUCUGUGCUGUUUAUUGAGCAGCAGCAGCAGCAGUUCGGUCAGGGUGGAACCUGGUUUGGAGUUGGGGGCUGAGGUCUGGGGCAGAAGCUGGGUGGUCUGAGGAUCAGACAAGCUGUGCUGUGGUGUGGGAUCCUUCAGAGCAGUCUGUGGUUUAUCAUACUAGACUGGGGCUUCACCGAGGCCUCGUGUGAGCAGGAUUUUAUUUCAUCUAUCAUUAUUUUUGUGUUUUUUUUUCCUGUCAUGUCCAAGCAUAUCUUAGCUCUUUCAAACGAGUUUUACUCAAAAUACACACAAAUGCAGAUCUGUGUGGAGUUUGUUUUGGCUUUGCCACCUUGUGGUUUGUGCAGUUUUUGAUUUGAACCUUAAGUGAGUACAGACAAGGUAGAGCAUUUGUAGCAGGCUUUGAAAGUUUAAUGUUUGUGGGACAUCAACACACCACCUCAGGUUUUUAACUGCAAAUAUAGAGAGAAUUAAUCCACAGAAAGAGUUGACUGAUUAGGUUAUCAAGGGGAAAAGUGUAAAGAUAAAGAAGCAGCUGGAUAUUGUGGUGAAGUCUCUCUGUGAUCUUCUGGUUCUAUGCGAUGAGCCUUGACAGCAGACGUUGACCCCAGGUCAGCUUCCCCCUGCAUCCACAUCUGAUUGCAUGGUUGUCAUAUUGAAUCAUCUUCCUGCAGACACACCUGCUGGUCCUUCUACCAACCACCCAGCUCUACUCCGAGAUCAGACUUCAUCCAGACAUGGUUUUCAUUAGUCUCUGGAGGAACAGUGGUGAUUACAAAAGCCGGUGUCUGACACUGUCACAUCCGAUGACUUUCACAUCUGUACAACGCUGAUAUUAUUAUACUUUUACCCUCCAAAGGUUCCCUGUAAUGUGAUGCUCCUCAUCACAGGAACACAUUCUUUGUUUUUUUGUCAGCCAACAGUUUGACCUCCUGUCUGUGUGUGUGUGUGUGUGUGUGUGUGUGUGUGUGUGUGUGUGUGUGUGUGUGUGUGUGUGUGUGUGUGUGUGUGUGUUGGUGCAGGAGCUGCAGUUGGAGCAUGCCCGCCAGGCGUUUGCACAGAAUGACAAGAAAAAAACUGGAUCCAUCACUGCCUUGGACUUCAGUGACAUCAUGGCCACCAUCAGACACCACAUGCUGACUCCGUUUGUAGAGGAGAACCUGGUUUCAGUAAGUUCAGAAUCGUUUUAAAGCACCCUUAACUAUUUUAAGUGGCUGAUAUCAAUAUUUAUAUGCCUUUAAAUUGAUUUACAACACAUGGCUCUUACUUCUUUAGCAAGUAUCAGGUCAUAUUCUAAAUUUACAAGUUAGAAGGUCUUGCUAACAUUUACACAGAUUUUAUUCCUCUUAAACUUAGUUUGCAGUUUGUAACAGAGUGCAGUAGUUGGGGAAAAAUGGCAGCGAGUCAUGUUGGAGUAGACAGGGUGAAACAGUACUUUGUGUGUGGAUGUGAAGCGUCUGCUGUUUGUUUAUAUGUAGGUCCUCUAAAGCUUCCACAAUGCACUAACACAGUGUGAAAUCAAACACUGGGGCUCCAGUGUUAGGUUUAGGUUUGUGUACUUUUCAAAUUUAUGAGGAAAAUUAAAACAUAAAAAUGUUGUUCUAUUUUCUUAAUUAAAAAAAAGCCAAAUAUUUCUUAUGUGAGUCAGUUGUGACCAAAAUCAGAGCAAAGAGAGGGAAUAUUUGACUUAAAAUUAAUGCUAAUGUUGCUCUGAUGCCUUUUAGUGGCCCAAGAGGAAUUUUCUUAAGUUAACAAGUGAAGGGUUAGGAUCCUGCAAACAAUUACUUCUAAUGAAACCCAAAGGAUACAGGAGAAAACAGCAAGAUUGAGACAAAAGUUUCCCUUCACAAGAGAAAUGACAAACUUCAUCUUUCUGCAGGCUGCAGGAGGCAGCACCUCCCACAUGGUGAGCUUCUCCUACUUCAACGCCUUCAACGCCCUCCUCAACAACAUGGAGCUGGUCCGCAAGGUUUACAGCACCCUUGCGGGCACUUACAGGGACACACUUGUUACUAAAGGUACACCUCAGAUCCUCACAAUGACAUCACUGAAAUUAAUCACGUGUGCAUUAUGUGCUUUGAGAUGAUGCUUUAUGUUUUGACAGAGUAAACUCAUGGAAACAUUUACUGUAGCGCCAGAAUUUUCAGGUAAAUGAAGAUUUUGAACCUGCUCAGCAGAUCCCCUCAUAUACAGUAUGUGGACUUGUGUAGCUGUACCAUCCGUCACUUUUGCCCCUGAAUGUGUUUCAAGGAGAACUAAACUGUACACCAAUCCUCUGCUUUCUCUGUGUGGUCUUCCCUGUAGUAUUUGCAAAUAGUUCUUGUCACAUGUGCAACCAAACAUUAGAUUAGACUGGAUAAAACUUUAUUGAUCCUUUUGGGAAGGCCCCCUUAGGGACAUAAAAAAAUGUUUAUAAUAUAUAUUUAUAUGUUUUAUAAAAUACAAUUUAUAGAUAUUUAAGAAAUAUAGAAUAGAUUUUUGUAAUAGAUAUGACUAUAUAUCAGAUGUUAAAGCAAAAGCAAACACUAACAUGUCAGGUGUCUGUCACAGAAAACUAUAUCAUUGCAGCACUCCAGAUCAGUGAGGCAGGCUUGUGACCGAAGGUUGCAACACUCAGACCUGACAGGAAGGUCUUUGUGGAAGAAGUGAAUAAGGAACUCUUUUCCCCUCUCUUAACAACCACCAUUAGGUUUCCUUUGAGAAAGACCACCUGAUGGUAAUGGAGCUUCUCAGCAGGCAGCGGUAAAGAACUGAAUAUAAAGCACGUAUAAAAGAGUGAUGCUGGCUGCUGCUGGGAGAUUGCAUGCUCAGUUUAGUGCACUCCUGGGUAAGCAGAUAAAGCACAAACAGAACUGAUUUAAGAGUUUUACAUUUUCUUUUUGUGAUCUCAACAAUAAAGGGAACACAAUAACACAAAGGCAAACAAAAAAGAGUAUUUGCAAGUACUGCAGUUGUAAAUACAUGUCGAACCUCUCAGCUUUUUGUCUGAGUUGAGUGCGUUGAGGCCAUCAAAGACUGAAGUUUUGCAUUAUUUGAUCUUUUCUUGUCUCUGUUGUUUUUUAGAGGAGUUUGUCCAUGCUGCGAAUAAGUUUGGUCAGAUCACUCCAAUGGAGAUUGACAUCUUGUACCAGCUUGUUGGUCUCCACACUCACUCUGGGUAAGACUCUAAAAGAAUCUAAAACAGUUUUUUUUUUUCUGUAAAUACACACCGGCCAUUAUCAGUCUACAUCAACAAAACUGUAUUUUUACAUUAGUUAUUAAAUUGUGUAGAAAAAGACAAGAGUUAAAGGACCAUCAAACAUUUAAAUUGAUUUUUCGACACUAUGAUUUUUCGGCUUUUGUAGAGUAACCUGAAAUGUGCAUGAAAACCACUGACAAUAUAAAAAUGGACCUUGUUUUAGUCACGUCACCGACUGUUUUUGGACGUACACUGAAGGCAAAAGACGGCAGCUACCAUUUUGGAAAUGCUAACUCUGACUAAUGUUUUUUAAAUCUAGACACAAAAAGAAAGGUGGAGUUGGGGCAACAACAACCUGUAUGCACCAUCCUGUCAAUCAAACCAGCAGUGCAGCUAUACUUCAAACUCUUAGACUCUGAAAUAAACCGCCCAGUGCAGUUGUAACAAAAAUGCGACUUAUAGAGACAGAAACUAAAAAUCAUUUCACGAUCAUUUUCUUUCGAGUCUGUUCAUAACCAGGCAAAAACUCCUCCCAACAGCUGUAAAUUUUUGAGACAGCCUUUAGUGGACACUGAAGGAACUGCAGUUUAUGGCUUCAUUUGACCACCAGAAUUUGCAGCUCGUUAGAACCACAUUACAAAGGGAUUAUCUCGCUUAACAUAACACAGCUAACAAAAUAAAUAGUUUCUUAUCUUGUAAAGUUGUAGCAACUGAAGAAAAGGCAGAUAUUUCCUUUGGAGAUGGUUGAGACCAGAAUGGAGCUAAAAGUUUGACAGUAGAUGAAGGAUGCUGCUGCACUGCUGCCCCCUAGUGGCCCUAAAAAAUUAUCAUACUUGUUAAAAUCAAGGAAAUAAAAGAUUAUCCAGUGAGGAUAAAAUUAUCUUAUACCCCCAUGUUAGCCGGAUGGUGUUUUAUCAUGUAAACUGACUUAAUUAUGGUUUCAUUGUUUGAAUUUAUAAGUGAUAUUUGACAGUAAAUAGUAAAACUGUGUUCCUCACCACAUAGAAAUGCAUCACAAUAAUAUUUUGAACAGAUAUGAUUUAAUUUGAGUUCCUUUCAAAUGCAUUUUGUUCUCUUUGUAUAUUUUAGUGUAUGAAAAGUCAGAUACAUGGUGUAGCUUCUGAAAAAGAGGAAACAAUGAUGUAUGAUAUAAGAGGGUAGAUGUAAAGCUGUUAGAUUAAAAGAAAAAAAAAAGAGUAAAAAAUUAAUAAAGUGAAAUUAGCCCUCCUCAUUGGGAAUGAAGCGUUAGCUUGGCUCUGCACUUUGCUGUAUGCACAAACCAUGUAAGUGUUUGCUCGAAUCCACUUCAGUGCAUUCAUAGCCUCCACAUAAAGCUGUGUGAUUUUCUAUUCCAUCCUGAAUGGAAUAAAAAUGUUACUGGUUUGUUUACUGCCUGUAAAGUUAAAGUUACUGCUCAUUAAGUUCAACAACAGUGGCUCCACUGGCCGAUUUACAAGACAAACAUAAAACAUGGAAACAGACUUUAUGAUCCGUCAGGCCAGCAGUGGGGAAUUUUUGUGUCUCAGAAAUGAAGAAACAAAACACUUUCAUUGAGUUUUUGGGCCACGGGGCUCUCAUCCAGCUUUGUUUGUCUGUUGUUUAUAUAAGCUUAAAUGAAACUUACAGUAACUUAGAGUUAUAUGCCCGUAAAAAAGUUCAGUGGAAAAACUUACAUCACUGAAUGUUGCUCGCAGUAGAUGCUGGGCGCUUUGCUUUUUCCUGGCCUAAAUCCCUCCCUCCCCUGCUGUUGUGCAUUAAGGCGGCUGAACCACGCAGACAUUGAGAGGAUAGCCCCGCUGGAGGAAGGAGCCAUGCCAUACCACCUAGCAGAGGCCCAGAGACAGGUAUCCUGAUGACUCCUCUAAUACACCCCACAUCCUCAUGCCUUUUAUCAAAGCCUUCUUCUCUUCUACCUCCGCUUCCUCCUCAGACAGGAGCCAAAAAGGCAGAAUGCUCAGCGGCUGAAUUAGCCGAGUGCCCAUGUUUUUCUUCCCUUGUGAAGUGCAUUACUUAAACUCCUAGAUAAAAGUACACCAAUUAUAGUUAUAGAGGAGGAAUGGAUUGUUGCGUUGCUCCCCUUUAUGAAAGGCUCUCCCUUAUUUCAUUCAGUAUAGCUGCACAUCACAUACACAUCAGCUGCAAUCACACAUCUGAGAAGCUAAUAAGAGGCUUUUAUCAGUGUGGGGCUCCGGGAGUUUCAGGAGCCUUUAGCAAAGUCUGCUAAUGGCAGCAGGGGAGUAGGAGUCAAGGUGGAUGUAGGAGAACAAAAUAGUUCCUGCCUGCCUGCCUCCACCGGAUGACAUAUAUCUGUAUCAGGCUGUGGUCAGAGCUUUCGGGUCACUCAUGCUCCUGGGAUUCAGGCUCAGAGGUCUGGAAUUUGAUUCCUUUCGGGGGAUUCUGCGAUUCUCAAUCCUGCCCUGUAGUGGAAGUGGGCUAAUUGUUUAAACCCUUUGAUCAAGACCUCAAUCUUGUUAGCGCACAAGCCCUCGGUGGAAGCAUCUGGGCGAAGGAAAAGGGUGAUCUGGCCUCCUCAUCUGGUUUGGGAGAAGUUACUCACCCCCUCAGUCCACACACACACAAACACACACACACAUGCUUUCAAAGUCUCACUCGGACUGUGAUAUUCAUGUAGAUACUUAUCUGAACAUGGAAAAGGCUUGUGGGGCUAAUCUGCUGCCCCGCACCGCUGUGAAAACAAAGGGGCUCCACUUUCAACAUCAAACACCAAACUACUGAUCAAGCUGAUAAGUUCAACUUUGUUGUAAAAAUAAAAGAGGACUUUUACUUUGAAGGCUACAUCAAGUACGGCAUGUGUGUAUAAGUCCACACACUCAUAUAUGAGCUCAGUCCGUCUGUCUGUGACAUUUAAUACAGGUUAUGAUGAAUCAGACUCUAUAUGACAUGUCUGCACUCCAUCUCCUUCCUCCGCUGUUGAGUUCUCCAUAACAUAUUCCUGUCCUCAAUAUAUCUGGUUCACUAUAGUUUGAUAUGGAGCCGAGUCAUGCUUAGUGUUCUCAUCCCCCCACGUCUUUCCCCAGAUUCAUUUGACCGCCGGUGUCUUUUUCUCCUCCACAGCACGCUCAGCACGAAAAGUCUCGUCCCAUCUGGCUCCAGGCUGCAGAGUCUGCCUACAGGUUUACUCUGGGCUCAAUCGCAGGAGGUGAGUGACAUGUCUGCGGCAAAACUGAGGGGUAACCUUAGCUGGCCUAACUGGCGCGCCACUGAGGGCCCCGAGGCUGGCCAUUGUGCUGCGGGGGAGAAGGAGGUUGUGAUGUGAGGCCCCGGCAUUGUGCUGCCGUGCCACCAGUGGCUCCAGGCUGUCGUUGCAGUCAGAGCUUUGGAAUGACACAAAUCUUCCGGAACCGCACUCUCUGGAAUCUCCGUCUAAUUACACCCAAAGAAUCGGAUACAAGAAACCUCUGAUAUACUGACCCUAAGAUAGCAGCGCACACUCAUCUCUUCUGUGUGUUAACUCUCCCUAACACGCACACACACUCACACACACGCACACAGACAUUUCAUCGGUGGCCAAUUCACCCAGGGUCAUAAAACCGCAUGUAUAACAUGAGUCUUUUCCUGAAACCGCCAUCUCUCUGAGGCGUUAAUGAGCUGUUUCUCACACGGCCUCAGUGCUGACUGAGCUGUUUGCAUGUUUGACUGAGCCGUAGUCGCUGCAGUCUUUGAUGUUAGCCGAGACAUGUCAGAGUGAAGCUGACAGAAACUUGCUGCUCCACAAACAGUUCCUACAGUUACCACACUUUGUACUUCAUCACAUCUUAAUCACCGUUUUUCUUACGCAAACACAGCCAGGAUUAUUUCAGCAAUCUUUCAACUAAAUCUCCAAACAUUCAUCAUCGAACGAAUGAUUCAUGUAAGACGUCAACAGUUGAACGCAACAAGACGUCAACAAGUCAACAAGUGAAUGACAAACUUGAAUGUUCUCAGCUGACACAACUGGUGAAUUAAAAACUGAGAUUUUUAAAUAUGUGUUUGUCCCCUCAAGUCUAUAUUUACGCAAAAAAACUGAAAUGAUUUUGGGCUCCUAAUCAGCCGAAGUAAGAAAAUCUUCAGCUAUGACCUUAUUAUAGGCCUUCUUUUAUGCACUAUCUUACAUAAAAUCUUUCAUUUAAUUCAAAUUAGUCCAGAAUUGACAAUAAUCGUCUUUGUUACAUAAUCAAAUAUUGAUAUAGUGCUAAAAAAUAAGCAAAUGGUAAUUCUGUAGGUUCAUAGCUGAGGUCCUUAACUGGUUACCACACGUCAGAAAAAGGUACAGAGACGAAGAAGCAGCAGACUGUGUGAACUGACUUGAAGCAGCUCUUCUAAAACCUGAAAUUUCAUGGUUUUUUUUGUAAAUCCAAAAGCUAUAUUGCCUUUUUUGCCUCUUUGAAUUACUGGUUAAUUGAAUAUAUAGACUUUCUUACUGUUUCUGUUCGGUUUUGUAUCUUAUGAUUGACUGGAACUAGCUUAUACUUGUAAAUGUAGGAAAAAAAAACAAAGUAGGAGCAUGCCAAAAAUUUUUAUGUAUUCUUAAAAAAGGUGGAAUGAACCUUUUUGUUACCUUUGCCUAUUUUUACUCACUGUGCUGUUUCGAAUUUCAAAUUUUUUAAGAAUAGCACAUAUAUCAUUGUCAUCAUGUUAAUAUUGUAAGGACACCAUAACCCUGAGGUGAAAAUCUGAUAUUAUGACAGCUCUAAUCCAAAUCCUCAUGUGUUCAACCACCAGAACAAAUACAUCUAUGACCUGAUGUGUGGGUGUAAUACAAGGUUGGGAAACACUGCGAAUAGAUGAAACAAAGCAAAGGUUUCAGCUAGUGACAAAUCUGUGUUUUUUCAGCCACUGGUGCCACAGCCGUGUACCCCAUCGACCUGGUGAAGACGCGUAUGCAGAACCAGCGCUCCACAGGCUCCUUUGUAGGAGAGCUGAUGUACAAGAACAGCUUCGACUGUGCGAAGAAAGUGUUGCGUUACGAGGGCUUCUUCGGCUUCUACAGAGGUAAUCCUUCUGUGCAUUUCACAGCACACUGAAAGACUCUCAAACCUGCGUGCGGGAAAGCAUGCGGGUGUCGUGCAAAACAAACCAUCUGAUGGGAAAGCAUUAGGAUUUGUCAGCGUGCUAAUAUCAGCAGCAUGGCUUGCUAAUUGAUACCAGAAACCUUUGCCCUCCCUGUUCAGCGGUGAAUAAAACAGCACCCAGGGGUCGAGUUUUCAUUAUCUGGACUCCUGGGAGAGCUCUAUGAGGAAAAUGACCAGCAGAGUCAUGUAGUGGCAGCGGUGUCUGAUCUGGCUCUGUACUCAGAGUGAUAAUGGUGCUGAAGGCUUGUGAUAUACAACACUUCUCCCCUGAGGCUGCUCAUAUGAACGAAGUCAAGACUGCCAUCUACUGCUGCCUCCACCACUGCAGCUCGGAUCGGCCUCCUUUCCUCCUCUUUUGCACAUGAUAAGAGGGUGAUUGACUCUGAGACAGACACGCUCGGCUGUUUUUCUGGCCACAUACCAGCAGCAGUCACUCAGCAGCUCCUUCAGAAGUUUAUCUGGCUUGAUGAAGGACAAGCGGUGAAACAGUAUGGUGGUUAUCGCCACCAUAGCACCCACCCCCGCCUGUUCCCUGAUCUUGUCCGUGACCACACAGCUCUCUCUGUUCCCUACCAACAGUAGAUCAGGGUCUUGACAAUGCUGAUCCCAUAAGCACCAGCAGUGUCAUAUUUUUGCCUUUUUUUCUUCAAUUUCAAUGGGACCUUUGUGUUUUUGGUGCAUCAGAUGUAUCAGGCACAUCUGUAAAUAUUUAUGGGUUUGUUUUACGCUCACAAGAACCCUGUGGCUUACAUUAUCCUGGCUGUCAGUGCAUGUAUUCAUUCCACAGAGAUAAAAAAUGUGCAUUCAUUUCGAGCCAGACUUUGUCUCUCUCUCUGUCAGGUAUUCUAAUGGUAUCUAUGAAUAAUAUUUUGCAGGUCUCCUCCCGCAGCUCAUCGGCGUUGCCCCGGAGAAAGCUAUCAAACUCACGGCAAGUCAUUCCACUGUGGAGCUAAGAGUGCUCAAAAAGUUGCUCUGGCUGAUUCACUGUGAAUGAAAAACAUGCACAGAAUGUAGGAGAAAUGCACUCUUCGCAAUCAAGUUGCAACAGCAACCACAAGUUAACAUUAAUGCCCUGCUAUCAGGAUCAGGAUUGUGUCUCAUCUGCCUUUUUUCCUUCAUUUCUCACUCUCUUUCUUUCUUUCUUUCUGUCUUUCUUUUUUUUCAGAUGAAUGAUUUUGUCAGAGACAAGUUCACCACAGAAGAUGAUACCAUCCCUCUGGCUGCAGAGAUUCUCGCUGGUGGAUGUGUAAGCAUCACUUCAGAGAUACUUUAAAAUUCGAGCUGCAGAUGAACCCAAAACUUAGUAAAGGGCCACCUUAGAGACAGAAAAAUGUGGGACAUAAAUACACAAGAAGUCAUUCAAAAGGUUAAAUACUGGACACUGUCGUCUUUCGUUAAGUGGACCCAGGUUGGUACUGCGUGAGUCUCUUUUAUGCAGAUUUUAAGGAGGGAAAAGUAUUAAUUCAUCAGUAAAUACAACAGAAGUGAAAAUAUUAAGAAUUUUUGUCGAUACAAAGCAAACUUUAGUACCUGAAGGUCUAGACAGCUGUCUCCUCACAGGAAAAGAUAUCAAAUGACUGUAGAUGAGGGUUGACCAAGUAUUCCAAUCCUAUAUUUGAGUAUGAGUAAUUAAAUUUUAGUCAAUUUAAACAACAAAAAUGUACUCACAGAACCAGGUUCUAUAGAACUCUUAAUACUCUGAUUUCAUACUGGAUCUCUAGUUGAUCUAAAUCUAAGUAGAUUGAACUUUUAUGAUCUCUGUCUUUAUGUGGAAGUGAAAUUGUAUCUGGAACAAUCAGAACAGUGCAGUAGACUAAAAAAUACAAAUUUGGCUUAAUUACUGAAGUGGAGUAGAAUCAUAAUGUAGUAUUAAUUUGAGGCAAUUGAAUUCACGUAAUUUUUAUUUAGCUACAACUCAGGUGGCAUGGUCUUCUAAAAGCACAUUUUCAGUCCUGCCUUGUUCAGUGCAAAAGUUUGAUCAGUGGCCCAGCUCCAACUUAUGACAGUCUAGACACCACCUGUGCGUCAGUUCUGAGCCUGUAAGUAUUGUUAGUAGAGUUUGCUACAAUAAUUCGACAACAUUCAGUUCCACUUUUUUCUGUUUGGACCUAAAUUUGGAUUUGAAAACAUCUUUUCAGUGACGAGAAUAUGUAUGAAUGUGAUUUCUUCACUCUGCCUUUCUGCUGCCUGUGCUGAAAUGUAACAGCAGGCCUCGUAGCGGAGCCAGCAGGUUGCUCACAGAGGACCAGGGUCUGCGGGGUCAUGCCCCCCUGUCAGGGAGUAAUUGUAGGAAGAGGCCCUGGAGGGUCCUGGAUGAAGCUGGGUCUAGCUCAGGGUGAUUGAGUUUGACAGUGUGGUACACACCCGAGGCACAGUUGCAAUGCAGGUCUGCACACAGGACAUUGGUCGGAUGGGUUUGACACCUGAGAAAAAACUCCAUGUUUGACCUGUUUGUAAGGACUCAAAUGUUAAUAUGAUUGUAUAAGAUGCUCUAAGUCUGAUAAAGUGACAGUUUGUUAAAUGGUGGCAUCCAUCAUAGAGGAGAACUGAGGAAGAUAAAAGAGAGGGAGUGCAUCCGUCUUCAGAGCAGCGGAUAUUCCCCCUCCACUUUGAAAAUGACUAAAUGUGCCAGAGCUUUUUUUAGCCCUUUGCUCGGAUGUUUACAGAUAAGACCCCUGCCCUGAAUGUCACAAGCAGCCAUCCUGGGGCCUGAUUUGAUUUGGGGCGGGUGAUAAAUGUGCCUGAGUCAGAGGGUGCUGAGCCUUCAGGGCAUUGCCUGUCCGUACCCCAAGCCGCCCGGGUGAUUCAGUGCUCUCCCCUGGGAAUAGGGGGUGAAUCUGGGAAGUGUGCGGGGAGAGGCCAGGCUGGGCCGCUCACCCUGCCACAGGGGGUGCCUCGGGGGGAGACGAGGGGGCAGAGGGCCGCUACUAGGGUCAGAGAUUCCCGACCAUGAGCCGGGGCUUCUACUCACCCGACGCCAGCUCUGCUCUGACCCUCAUGGUUCUCCUAUCAAUGCCUCCUCUAUCAGGGCCGUGCUUUUACUAGACAGAGUCAGAUCAGCAGGAAAAAAGUGUCUUUGUGCAGAAGUUUACUGAGGUGAUUUAAAAGUUCCUACUUAUGAGCAAUGCUUACACACCAUUACAAAAAGCUCAGCCUUCAUUCGGCUCUGAACAAAAACACAUUUGUGCUUUUGAAACCUCUCUUCAACAGUUUUCUUUCUCCUGUUUCUCCUCCUCUGCAGGCCGGAGGUUCCCAGGUGAUUUUCACCAACCCUCUGGAGAUUGUUAAGAUCCGUCUGCAGGUGGCUGGAGAGAUCACCACAGGCCCCCGGGUCAGUGCCCUGACUGUUGUGAGAGACCUGGGCUUCUUUGGCCUCUACAAGGUAGGUCAGCACCUCUGCAGCUCCAUGACGUCUGCAGCAGCAGCAACCUCUGCUCACAGACACACAAGGACAAUGAAAGUUCUCUUAUGUUCCUCAGAAACAAUACUAAAAACAUACUGUUCACUAGGGUCGGCAUGUACUUUUCUAUAUGUCUCGCAUUUCUCUCAACUAAAUACAAAGUCUGUAGAAUUGAUCAAACAUGGAUGCCUUUACUCAUGAUUUUAAGUCAAAAGUACUUUCACUUUAAUUUUGAAAAUGACAAACGUUGAUGGAAAAUCUCACGGUCAGGUUUCAAAUAUUAUAUUAGAAACAUUUUUAAAAUUAGUGGUUCAAUAAUUUUAUUUCCAUUGAAGAUCAACUUGACAUGUAUGUAUGUUCUUUUGUAUCAGCGCAAAACACUCUCGAGCAAAAUAACCUCAUACUAGAACUUAAGUGGGAGCUCAUGAAAUGAAGUACCACUCUCCAGGUUUUAUUGUUUGAAUCAUUUUUGUUGUAUUUUUAUUGCAUCAUUGAAAUAAACAGGUUUAAAGCUCCUGUGAGGAGUCAUAACACAGACUCAAAUCAACACUGAUGCCUCUCUAUGACCUCAAAUAGCAUACAAGACCAUCAGCACCAAGACCGACUCUUUGUAAGUUGUAAUUUUCAGUGCCUUUAACAGCUGCAAGGAGGAAGGAGUCAAACCAAGUGAUUGACAGCGCAAAGAGCCUUUUUACAUUUUCAGCAAGUUCACAAUGAGCGAUGCACUUUAACGAUGACAGACGGCGGUUUGACAGUAUUAGUCAGAGAACGCUGCUUGCACAUGAGGACAAACCAGAAAUGAGACAAGUGUUAUAACCUUGUCCACAGGAGGCGCCAAAAUCUGCACAAACAGAAAGUUCCUAACUGGAGCUUUAAUUACUCAUAAACUGAAAGAUUGUACAGACUUAUCAUACAUUUGUUGACAGUAGAAGCACAAACAUAUUAAUAAAAAUAUACGAAAAUAAAGUCAUCAGUGGAAACUUUUUUAUGCUACAGUUAAAGUGAAAACUGUUAAUGUGUAAUGUGUCUUUGGUGCGCUUGAGUUUUGACACCAGUGUUACAUUUUGUUUAAAUAUUGCAUGUUUGUGAGAUGACAGUCCAAAGUUAGAUCGGUGCUUUACUGAACCACACCUCAAACUUUUACCAAGAUCAUUGAAAUCCAGGUCAGAAGUUUUCAGUGAACCUGCUGCCAAACAAACAACUUUUAAAACAGUAUCGCCUCAGCAGUGGAAAUGGUAAAUCCUGUUGUCUGAUUAUCUGUUAAUGAAACACAGAGAACAAAAAUCCCUCUAGACUUGAUAAACAGCAACACUGUCAUAACCCUUGUAGUGUGGUAGUAGUAUGGUAAAUGUUCUGACCUCACUCUCCUGUAUGUAACCAUAUGAUGGGUUUGUUUUGGCCGUAAUGUUGGGCAGAUGAAACACUGCUGUGUUUUUGCACGGACAUAAUGAAGAUCAGGAUCGUGAAUUUAAACAUUAAACACUUCUUUUUCUGAGCGUUUGCCGUUUUUCUCCAACAUUGUUAAACUUGUAAAGGAAGUCACGGUCAACAACUGACAGCAAAUUAGUCAGGCAUUACGCUUGGCUACUGCUGCUUCCAGGUCCUUGUGGCUUUACUUACAGCUCCACGCGUGUGUUCAUACUCCAUAUUUUAAUGAGGAGCAGACAGUGUGUGGCUUGUUAAAGGAGGAAAAACGUUAAACUCUCUUGGCAGAGGAAGCCAACAAACCACCAUCCAUGGCGGCCCUGUGUAUGUGCGUGUGUGUGAUGGAUCUCUUUUUUAAGGGUAGAGCUCUGCCUGGGGCUCCAUGGCUCGAUCGUCAACACUAAACCCCCCAGUAGAUUUGAACAGACAGCUCCCGGGUCAAUUUAUCCUGAGACCGGCCUCUGCUGUUUAUGAUGUAUAUCCUUUAACUGUUCUUUUUUUUGUGUGUGUGUGUGUGUGUAGGGGGCCAAAGCUUGCUUCUUGCGUGACAUCCCCUUCUCUGCCAUCUACUUCCCUGUGUAUGCCCACACCAAGUCCAAACUGGCAGACGAUGACGGCAGACUGGGGGCCCUUCAGCUGCUCACCGCUGGAGCGAUUGCAGGUAUGAAACAUCUUUGAAAAGUUAAACAUCACGUGAUUUAAUUGGCAGAUUUGUCACAUUUUCUGCUUCAAAGAAAAUUAAAAAAAGACACGAGCUGUAAAUGUAUGCAGCACUUUCAUCGACUGCACUUUACAUCUACACCCAUUUUAAAGCCUGCAUGAUGCUGCAGCACAGAUCUGAACACAGUCUGAGCUUCAUUACGUCUGUUGUGAAUUGUCUCCUAAGGUGUACCAGCGGCUUCGCUCGUGACCCCUGCUGAUGUCAUCAAGACCAGGCUCCAGGUGGCGGCCCGAGCAGGCCAGACCACAUACACCGGAGUCAUCGACUGCUUCAGGAAGAUCCUUAAGGAAGAAGGUUUCAGAGCAUUUUGGAAGGGGGCAGGAGGUAAAUGUACAGACUGUCCAUACAUAUGCAACAGUUUUGUAUGUGGUUUGAUGUCUACGGAAAGGAGGCUCUGUGUGUUUGUUACAGCAAAACUAAAUCCCAUAUCGUCAAACUCUUCCCCAUUAGCUCGCGUCUUCAGAUCUUCCCCCCAGUUCGGUGUAACCCUGGUGACCUAUGAGCUGCUGCAGAGAUGGUUCUACGUUGACUUUGGAGGACAGUAAGUACUUCAAACCCCUUUAAAACUCAAAAUACCUUCAGCUGAAGUAAAGCAACACCCCCAACCUCUGAUCGGACUCUCUUUCAUCAGUCGUCCAGCAGGUUCUGAGCCCACUCCCAAACCGACCCUUGAGGACCUUCCCUCUGUGACUGCAGACCACGUAGGCGGCUACCGUCUGGCUGCUGCAACCUUUGCCGGCGUGGAGCGAAAGUUUGGUCUGCAUCUGCCAAAGUUCAAGCCUUCUGGCGAGGCGACAAUCAAACCAGCGGAGGCCAAAAGUGAGCCGCAGCCUUCAUAAAAGCGUCUCGUGGUGCCUGAGAGGGCUGCAUGCUAUCACAGUCAUGUUUCCUCCUAAAGCAUUUAACUCAACCACUUUGCGAUACAACCGUUUUGGGUGAUUGUCUUACUAUGGAUGCUGCAUGAGUUUGGCUUUCCGUUUUUCUUUGCAUAGCUUUCUUUGCACUACUUUAUUGUACACAUUGUACUUCUCCACAGAGGGACAUUAUGGCCUUAUAAAGGAUUGUUACUGCUUUUUCUGGUGUGCGAUCGCUUCGGUGUGCAUGUGUCAAGUUAAAGUUCAAAAGACACGAGGAUGUACAGAUGUUUUCAAAAGUGUUCAUUUUGAAAUCAAAACCAGGGACUCGGGGAAAUAAUUUAAAUGUAUUUAUUGUAUUUUAUUGAAAUAAAUCAUUUAAACUGUU